AUGGCCCAGUCCCAACUCAUCCCUCCGCCAUCUAAUGCGGAAGCUGCCCGUCUCAAUGAACAGCACAAGCAGCUGAUCGAGGCCUUCGGCUUUCACGUCCAUCCGACUAUAUCCCUGCCUCAUAAAGAAGGAUGCAGAGUUGCGGAUGUUGCUUGUGGCUCGGGUGUAUUCCUGACCGAAAUCGCAGCUGAGCACCCAAGUUGGCAAUGCGAUGGCUUCGACAUUACCGACAAGCAGUUUCCUUCUGGUGAGAGCCUCGCGCAUUUCGGCGGCAGAGUACGCUUUCAUGUCCAGGACGGUGCAGCAGAGUUGGGUUACGGCAGCGAGUACGAUGGCAAGUUUGACCUAGUCACUGUGAGAGCGAUGCACGCAUUCGUGAUUGGCGUGCAUUGGCCGAGAGUGGUCAAGAACGCGGUGGCCUUGUUGAAGCCUGGUGGAUAUGUGCAGAUUGAGUGGGAUGCACAGAGCCCGCGAGUGGUGCAGUCAAAGCCCGGCGUCUCCGGAACGGCGAUGAGACUUCUCAACCAAGGCUUCAAUGACUUCAUCUUGACUCGUGGUGUCAAAGAUAUCAUUCCGUUACGCGACUUGCUGUCCCAGAAUGGAAUCACUGAUCUUCGAAGCGAGCUGUGGGCAAUGGACGAGACUCCGGGCUAUCGACAGAAUUUCACUAUGACUAUGAUCGUAGAUGCACCAAACGCUAUCAUGGCUAGAGUGUUGCAAGGAGACAAGUAUUGGAGCCGAGAGAAGGUCGAGCAGCUCAAGGCGCAGGCAGCCGAGGAGAUGAAGCAAGAUGGGAUUUGGUUCAGGACGGAGAUGUGGUGUUAUGUUGGCAAGAAGUCAGAGGACUGA